UACACAUACUAGAAGGACUAAUAGCAGAAUUUAAUCAUUAUUUAACUUUCUUACUUUUUCUUUCCAUUUUUAAACAAAAUAUCCGCAUCUCUGCAUUUUUAUUUAGCAAUCGGCUGUUUCCCAGCUUAAGAGAAACAUGGAAGGAGAAAUAAUUGGAGAAGGAGAAAUCCUGGGAGGAGGAGAAAUGCCAGGAGGAGGAGAAGUCCUGGGAGGAGGAGAAAUCCUAGAACGAACAAGAUCUUUGGCAGCUCCUUUUGUUUUCUUCAUUAUCAUUUCCUUUCAAUUUGCUGCCAAACGGCUCCAAGAUUUGAAGAGGGGAGCAUCCAAAACUGAUAAAGAAAUGCAGCUUCGUGCAGAGAUUAAGCAGCUUCUAAAAGAGGCUGCCUCCUAUUCGCAGCCAUCUACAUUUGCACAAGCAGCUAAGCUUAGGAGGAUGGCUGCUGCCAAGGAGAAGGAACUUGCAAAUUAUCAGGCACAUCUGACGCAAGAGAUGAAGCUGUCAUAUGAUUUGUAUUUGAAAGUUUUGUUCAUUGUAAAGGUUAUAGCUCAUGUUGUGAUAAUCCUUUGGUUUUGGAGCUCCCCUGUUGCUUACGUAUCUCAACAUCUUGUGCAACCCUUUGGGAGGCUGUUAUCCUGGAAGAUUGGGGGUUCUUCAGACAACAAUGUCCGGGUUGGGAUUAUACCCUGGUUGAUAUUAUGUUCCAGAGUUAGCAAGUUUGUUUGUUGACUCAUCAAGUAACGGCGCAAAGGACCUAUGUAACAACAUACUUUUUGGUCAAUGCAUGUUUGAAGUUAUGAAUUAACAUCUGUUCAGAAAAAUUGGUUCAUUUCAUUUUAUCAAUAAAUAAAAGUGAGCAAUUUUGGUGUGCUUUUUCUUUGAUCA